CCCCUACUUAAUUAAUCAAACAUUGGAGGGGGAAACCAUCGAAAGUUACUUAGCGAAGUCCACAUCCUUGUCUUGAUCAGUUGGUUCGUCGUAAUCAUCUCGCACAAUCUUCUUUAGAAACCAACUCUAUAACAAUGGCGGAUAAAAUCAAGAAGAAGACCAAGAAGAAGGAGGACCCAAAAGCAGCGGCAGCGGCAGUGGCAGCGGAAGCUGCUCCUCCACCAGCUCCAGAACCAGAACCAGAACCAGAAAAGGCGCCAACUCAAGCGGAAACACCUAAAUCUCGAGAAUCCGGAUCCAGCAGAGCCAGUCGUGGUAGCAGAAAAGCAAAGCGCACUGGUUCCAGUGUUUUUUCUAUGUUCACUCAAAAACAAGUUGCCGAAUUUAAAGAAGGAUUCGCAUUAAUUGAUCAUGACAAAGAUGGUAUUAUUGGUAAGGAAGACUUGGCUUACAUCUAUGAUCAGGUAGGAAAACUCGUAGAGGAACACGAAUUAGAUGCUAUGCUUGAAGAAGUAGGUGUUCCUAUCAACUUCACCCAGUUACUCCACUUAUUCGCUGGACGUAUGUCACAGGGAGGCACGGAUGAUGAUGACGUCGUAAUUAAAGCCUUCCAAACCUUCGAUGAUGGUAAUGGCAAAAUCGACGGUGAAAGAUUCAGGCACGCUUUAACGUGUUUCUGUGAGAAGUUCACCCCCAAAGAAUGUAACGAGGCUUUUGACCAUUGUUUCAUCGAUGACAAAGGUAGAAUUGAUAUUGAAAGUCUGAUCAAUAUGUUGACUGGUAAGGGUGAAGAAGACGACUGAGCGUCGGAUGAACCAAUCCAAAAAUCUGCCAUUUUCCAUAAAAAUAAAAAUGAUAUUAUCUUGAUAAUAUAAUUAUUGUUCUCAUAAUUCAUGUAUUUAAAAACAUCACGACGACAGCUCUGAUUUUUAUUCAAGCGAAACUACAAUAACGUUUAUGUCGUUAAAAGACACCCAUCUAAAAAAAAAAUCUGCUGUCGAUAAAACUCAUUUCCAUUGUGACAUUUUCCAUCAUGGAUUUUGUCACUUGUGUAUAGAUACAUAUAUACUUAUUUAUGUUAUAAUAACAAGUUGAUAUAUCUGUCAUAAAA